GUUGGCCACAACCUCUGCCGCCUCUGGCUUGCUUUCAAUACCACACGCUAACGCUAAACCCUCUCUUCCCCAGCGAGCCGGCGAUGGGUUGUUCUUCGAGUCCCAUCGUACGCUCAUGAGAUCUCUCUUUUGUUUGCACAAACCUCUCCUCUCUACAUCCUUAAAACCUCUCAUGGCCUCUUCUCUAACUCGUACCGUGGCUAUAGACCAAGACAACGACGACGACGAAGUUCUCUGCUCUAGUGCACAUCAAGAACAUACCUCGUUUUCUACUCUGCCGGACACGGUGUCGUCUUCGUGUUUGGGCUCGGCCACGCCGAGCUGUUAUUUAAAUGGAGAGUCCAGGGUGGACCGGGCAUGGGCUCACUGGAAUAAGAUUGGUAAACCGAAGUUAUUAGUAGCUCCAAUGGUAGAUAAUUCUGAACUUCCUUUUCGAAUGCUUUGCAGAAAGUAUGGCGCUGAUGCUGCUUAUACUCCUAUGUUACAUUCUCGAAUUUUUACUGAGAAUGAAAAGUACCGUACCCAAGAAUUUACCACUUGUAACGAGGAUCGCCCAUUAUUUGUCCAAUUUUGUGCUAAUGACCCAGACAUUCUAUUAGAAGCUGCAAGGAAGGUGGAGCCUUAUUGUGAUUACGUUGAUAUCAAUCUUGGGUGUCCUCAGCGGAUUGCCAGGCGGGGGAAUUACGGGGCUUUCUUAAUGGAUAAUCUUCCACUUGUUAAAUCCUUAGUUGAAAAGUUGGCUCUAAACCUUAAUGUCCCUGUGUCUUGCAAAAUCCGACUAUUCCCGAAAUUAGAUGAUACUAUCAGUUAUGCUAGAAUGCUGGAGGAAGCUGGUUGUUCUCUUUUAGCUGUUCAUGGGCGAACUAGAGAUGAGAAAGACGGAAAGAAAUUCCGAGCUGACUGGAAGGCGAUUAAGGCUGUAAGAAAUGCUGUCAAAAUUCCACUUCUUGCUAAUGGCAAUGUUCGGCACAUGGAUGAUGUUCGGAACUGUUUGGAGGAGACAGGUGCUGAUGGGGUGCUUUCAGCUGAGUCUCUUCUUGAGAAUCCAGCUCUCUUUGCUGGAUUUCGGACAGCUGAAUGGGUUGUUGGAGAUGAAGAAAGCACUAGAGAUGGAAAACUGGACCAGGCAGAUCUCUUAGUGGAGUAUUUGAAGCUUUGUGAAGAGUACCCUGUGCCCUGGAGAAUGAUUCGUGCUCAUGUGCACAAGAUGUUGGGAGAUUGGUUCCGGAUACAUCCUCAUGUAAGAGAGGAACUCAAUGCACAGUCCAGGCUGACCUUUGAAUUUCUGUAUAAUGUUGUGGAUCAACUUAGAGCGCUGGGUGUGAGGAUUCCGCUUUAUGUGAAAGAUCUGGAUACUAGUGCAACAGGAGUUGCUGCAAAUGGUUUGACCAAUUGAAUUUUGUGUCACGGGGUGUUAUUGUUGACCUAAUCAAUUUAUUUGUACUAUUGUUUUAUUUAUUAGAUUAGAACUGGCCUGCAAUUUGUGGUGCUAUUGAUACGUGUCUAUUUGUUGAGGAAGUAAAGACAUGCGGGCAGUCGAAGGCUGCAAUCAGCAUUUGAUGCCAUGCCUUUUAUCCUCGUACCCCAUUUAUGUAUUAACUUUUUUGAAUUGAAGGUUCAAUACUGGAAAUGGAAUUAUGUAAUGCAUCUGGAAAGAAAAAAAUAAAUGUAAUUUUUACAGAA